AUUGGUCAAUAUAUCUACUUUCAUAGCUAGUGACGCAGUGGCAUCAGACAUUGUCCACAAUAUAUCGGGCAAUAAUCGAUCAAUAUAUCGACUAAAUAGCUACUCUAAUCAGUGUUUUACGUCAACCCGAUAUAUCGGGUACGAUAUCUAGUCGCUAGCUAUCAUACUCGAUAUAGCUAGCUAACUCAAUAAAAGUAGUACGGAUAGCUAGCUAUCACAAGCCGAUAUUGCCCGAUAACAUAUUUUUAUAUCUAGAUAAUCUCAAAGGCAUUUUUUUGCUUGGGUCAUAAUUGACUUUAAUACUUGGUGUUCUUCUCUAUAAUCUGAAUUACUUGCAUGACUAUAUACCAUUAUUUCUAUAUACCAUAAAUUUCCAUUUUUUACAUAUGAAAAUUUAAUUUAAUAAAGUUGACUACAAAACUUUGAAAACUCAUUUUUUAUUUAAAGGAGAUUCAAAUUUCAAAUUCAUUUAUCCUAAACGGAAAAACAUGAAGAACUAAAUAAAAUGACUCAUUUUGUACAGUUUAUUUUAAACAAGCUCAAUCAGUUUUUCAACUUGCUAAAUGCGCUUGUUUUGCUCAGUUACUAAAUGAUGAGGAACCCUAGUGAUCGAUACUUACAAAAUAAUCUGACAGGAAUCUGAUAAGGAACUUAAAAGAAUCCGAUAUGACUCGUAUAAGAAUCUUAUUAGAUUCUUGUUGAAUUCUUACAUAAAAAGUCCGCACGAAACUGACAAGAAUUUAAUAAAAGUAGAUAAGGAUCCAUUAAGAAUCCUGUAAGUAUUCGACAAGAAAACGGCAAGAACUGACAAAAACUUCCAAUGUUUUUUUCCUUCUUUAGUUAACUGCAUAGUUCAUUAGUGAGUGGGUAAGAGGUCGCGAGGCAUUUUCAAAACGACCAGUCUUACCUAUCUUGAAGAAACUUUGAAAACAUUUUUAAGAAAUCACUGGUGCUUAUUAUUAUGUGCUUCUGCAAAAUAAAACGAGGAUUGGCUUUUAGUAAGAAUUUCAUAAGGAGAUGAUAAGAGCGUCUUAUCAAAGUCAUAAUAGCUGAUUCUUAUUUAAAUCUUACCUGAUUCCUAUCAAAUUCGUACGAAAUUCUUGCCAUUUUCGUGUGGACUUCUUAUGUAAGAAUUCGAUAAGACUCGGAUAAGAUUCUUUUCAGAAAUAGCGAAAAAUGUUUGUCUAGGGAAGGCAUUGGGUUUUCAUUUAUAAAAGUACUUAAAAAUACAUAGUUUUCUGUGAUUGAAUAGUAGAUAGAAGACAUUCACAAUUGAAUGACUAAGUCUAAAUGACUGAAGCACUUUUCUUCUUGACAUUAUUUUUCUUCGUGCAUAGAACGCUUGCGUCAGUUGUAUCAAGAUAUGCAAGAACUUCUCAAAUCGUUUAAUUUAUUCAAAUCAAUUCCACGACCAACAGAUGAGCAUGAUAUUCAAAAUGAAUUAAUAUCAACAUAUUGUUAUACUGCACUAUUAAUUGUAUCAGUCACGGUUCUUAUGUUCUACAUGUCAUUUUUCCCUGUAACACAAACUGUUACUAUUAAGUCACCAUCGAUCGAUAUGUAUACACAACUCUAUAAAAAUUAUUCUCAAACAUUAUUGUGUCCAUGUUCAACGCUCGCCAUUCCAUUUGAGAUAUUUAUACAUUUUUAUCCAACGUAUCAUCAAAUAUGCUCAUCACAUUUCGUAAUGGAUAAAUGGUUCAAAUAUGUUCAGAGUUGGACCAAAAAUAAUAAUGUCUAUACAACAGAUUUUCAUUAUACAGGCUCAAAUCAAUUUCAAAUGUUACAGUCAUUGUGUCAAUUAAUAAAUUUAACAAUAAAGAAUGCUCUAAUGGUGUUUUAUUUAACAAAUUACAUUAGUUCAACUGUUAUUUCAAGACAAUUAUUUGAAGUAGAAACUUAA